AUGGCGGGCGGCGGUGGAUCCGAGUUCGAAAUACAAGGACUCUUCAACACCCUUCAAGGCCAUGUGGACGAUAUUCGAAGUCGUUUACAGUGCGGGAUCUGCAUACGACCUCUUUAUGAGCCAUUCAGUCUCGCUUGUGGCCAUACCUUUUGUUACACUUGCCUAGCCCAAUGGUUCAGCGGGGGCCGAUCAAAACGAACUUGUCCGGACUGCCGGGCAGCAGUCAAGACCCAGCCCGCCCCGGCGUAUCUGGUUCGAGAGAUUGUGCAGAUGUUUACUAGUCGGGCAGAGCUAUUGGACAAGGGGGAAACGACGCAUGAACACUUGGCCAAUCGACGUGCGGAGACGGAGAAACUAGAUCAGGAUAAAGCCAAUACAAAUCCUCACACCGGGGGUCUCUUUGGAGGACUCUUCAGACCCAAAGGACCGGCUCUGAAGCCUCUGAUCGACGCUGAUGACGGGGUGCUUCGCUGCCCACGGUGUCAGUGGGAACUUGAGGAGAAUGCCUGUGGGGGUUGUGGCUGGACCUAUCGACCGGACGGUGAAAUGACUGAUCUUAGUGGAACCGACAACGAUGAUUACGAUGAGGACACUGAUUUUGAUUCCUUGUUGGACGAAGAACCGGAAGAGGAGGUGUUUAGAUUCUACAGGGAACUCAUGUCCCAGGAACGUCAUGCGCCGUACGGGCCACACUACGCUGUCGGCGACGCAGACUUCAGGGGGGAUCUCUUUCAUCCUCUUAGGCAAUUUUUGGGUGGACGGCAAUUCAACAUGAUCUUCGACCCCCACCGCUUGAGGCAGGGACGAUAUGACCCAUUUGACUCCGAAUACGAAGGUGAAAUGGACUUCAACGAUGAGGAAGACGAGUACGAUGAGAUGGACUCAUUUAUCGACGACGAAGAGAACCAAGCGUACCAACAAAACGACUCCGAUCAUUCCACCGUGGUGGGAGAUCCACGCCGUCGAACUCGCGAGUCUCCAGCUCACCGACACGGUCGGCCCGUUGUGAAUCUCGACUCUUCCGAUGAGGAUGAUGAAGAUGACGAGAAUGACGAAACCGAUUCCACGGAACCAUCAACAUUUCGUGGGAACAAUCGUUCAACUGGAACUAUGCGGAGACCAGGCCGCAUGAUUCCUCCCCCACCCAAUCCGUGGCACCCUGCACACCACUGUCCACGACCAUCAUCGACACUCUCUAUCACCAGCGAUGAGGUGUCGGAGGAAGAUGACGAAGAUGACGAUGCAGAGGAGGAAGCCCACAAUGAUAUCAUGCACAAUUAUGAGAGUGACAGUGACAGUGACAGUGACAGUGACAGCAAUCGGGAAAGCCAAGAUGAGGACAACACGGACGAUGAGGAAGACGUCGAGUUUCCAAAUCAGCGAAGGCGAUUCCAUCGCCGACAAGAAAUUCCCGCUUCAAGUGACGACGAAGAAGCAAGCGAAGUCACAGACGGCCCGUCCCCUAGGCCUGUAAUGGGGCCUAUGUUCGCUGGCUUAUCAGCGCGUAGUGCCAUUCCUAUCGCUGACUCCGAUGACGAGCAACCGGUCGGACCCAUACGAAGGGCGGCACAAAGGCGUCGCGCACGAUACUCGCCGUACUGA